AUGUCUGACACGGUCAAGCUUCGUCCGGUAGGCGCCGCUGCCCAUACACAGCUUCCAGUGGUGCUCGUAGUGGCCGGAAGUGACAGUUCUGGUGGGGCCGGAAUUGAGGCCGAUCUCAAGACCCUUUCUGCCCACAAAGUGUAUGGAGCUACUUGUAUCGCUGCAAUUACUGUUCAGAACACCCAGGGGGUGCGAUCGAUCGUGGAGACUUCCGGGGCCACAAUCCGGGGCAUUUUGGAUGCGGUAAUGGACGAUUUCGGCCGCAAGGACGUGGCUGCGAAAAGUCCGCUUCGGGCAAUCAAGACCGGAAUGCUCACUCCAGCAGCACUCGAGGAACUUGCCAAUAUUCGGGACGAGGUGGACUCGCUUGGGAUCAAGUUGGUGGUGGAUCCCGUCAUGGUGAGCACUAGUGGUGCGCGGUUGAUGAGCGAAGACUCAAUGGCUAGUUAUCUUCGACUUAUUCUGGGUUCUUUUUUGGUGACUCCCAACUACCUUGAAGCGCUUGAGUUGGCCAAAGCGGUCAAUUUGAAGACGGACGGCUCCAUAAACAGCAUAGAGGAGGGUAAAAGAUUUGUGCUAGAGCUCCGAAAUGCCCUCAAAUGCGAUAAUCUUUUGGUAAAAGGCGGCCAUAUUCCUGGGUUCUCUGGUGAAAGUGAACGUCGAAUCUAUGAUUUUCUCAACCAAAACGGAAAAUUAACCGUCUUCGAGUCUCAUUACAUCGACACCAAAGAUAACCAUGGCUCGGGGUGCACUUUGGCUUCGGCGCUUUCUGCCCAUAUAGCGUUGAACCGGCCCGUCGAAGAAGCAGUUCCGCUCGCUCUUGACUACAUUCACCAUGCUAUGAGUAACUUUGAAAAGCUCGGACGAGGUAACGGACCACUUAACCACACGGUGGUUCCUUGUGAGUCUAUAGAUCGAGUUUUGACCAGCUCAAAAGUUCCUGUGGCUGAAAUUUUGGGAGACAAGACAUUGUUCGAGUACUUGAAACUGCACCCCAAAGUUCGUGAUGGGUGGAAACGGUACACUGAACACCCAUUUUUGAAGUUAUUGGCAACCAACCAGCUCGAAUUUUCCCGGUUUCUUUACUACUUGAAGCAAGAUUACUACUAUCUUGCCAACUAUGCUCAAAUGCACGGGCUCGCAGCCGGCGUAGCACCGUCGUACAAACAGACCAAAGCCCAAGCUGAUAUCAUUGGUUCUGUGGUUGAGGAGAUAGAACGGCACAAGCAGAAGCUCUGUGACAAAUACCAUAUCGAUUACGAACGUGAUAGUGAUCUUGACAUCGAACUUCAUCCUGGUCCUGCUUGCUUAGCCUACUGCGACUACCUUAUAAAAGUUUCCCGCCACGAGGAUUUCUUGGGGAUCAAAGUAGCGCUUGCUCCGUGCCUUCAUGGGUACUAUGAGGCUGGAAUAUACGGAAAUCAGGUGCGUGAAAACCACGACGGAAGUUUGGGAGUUUUGAGCUCGACAGCUGAAAGUGAAAUUUACGAUAAUUGGCUCUCGGAUUACAACUCAGAAUGGUAUUUUCUGGCCCACAAGGAAGGAAUGGAUGCGAUAGACGCAUUGGUGAAGAACCAGACCAUAAGUGUCACGAGAAUGGACGAAUUGGUAAAGAUGUUUCUGGACGUGGUUGAGCUUGAAAUCGGAUUUUGGGAUGAAGUUAUAAAAGAAAAUAAAUAG